UACCACGUGACUUGCUUCUGGUGGGGGAGGAAACUUUGAGCGCCAAACGAGUACAGCAGCUGCUGAAGAUUUGCUGCCAUUCCCGGUUAGUUUGGUGUGCGGACGGUGUCUGAGGCUGUGGGCUGAAAUACUAUUACAGCAAUGGCUGGAGAAGGAAACUACAAGUUGGGUAAACUUGUGAUUGAAGGAAAGACUAAGAAAGUGUGGGCUCUAGAAGACUCGCCUGAUCUGGUUUAUGUUGAAAGUAAAGAUCGAAUCACAGCAGGAGAUGGUGUGAAAGCUCAUGACUUGGAGGGUAAAGCAGCCGUAUCAAACAGAACCAACUGCAAAGUUUUUGAGCUACUCAAUUCAGUUGGGCUAAAAACUUCAUUUGUGAAGCAUGCAGGUGAGAAGGCAUUCAUUGCUAAGAAGUGUGAAAUGGUGCCAAUUGAAUGGGUAACGCGAAGAUUAGCAACAGGUUCAUUUUUGAAGAGGCAUCCUGGAGUUCCUGAAGGGUAUCGCUUUAACCCACCUCUGCAAGAAACCUUUUACAAGGAUGAUGCUAAUCAUGAUCCACAGUGGUCAGAAGAACAGAUAAUAUCAGCAAACUUCAACUUAAAUGGUGUAGUGAUUGGCCAGGAUGAGGUUGAUAUAAUGCGCAAAACAACUGUUGUUGUCUUUGAAGUUCUAGAAAAAGCAUGGGCUGAAAAAGAUUGUGCCCUCAUAGAUAUGAAAAUAGAAUUUGGAAUUGAUUCCUCUGGGCAGAUUUUAAUAUCAGAUGUAAUUGAUAGUGAUUCUUGGAGACUGUGGCCCUCAGGAGACAAACGCCUGAUGAAGGAUAAGCAGGUGUAUCGAAAUCUGAGUAAGGUUACAGAUGAGGAUCUUGCUACAGUUAAGAGAAAUUUCAUCUGGGUUGCUGAGCAGUUAGAAACUAUAAUACCAGUUCCAAAGUGUUUGGUCGUUAUACUUAUGGGCUCUCCAGCAGAUGAAAAACAUUCUUCAGUUAUUGCAGACAACUUGAAAGCUAUGGGUAUUCCAUGUGAAAUGAGAGUAACGUCUGCACAUAAGAACACAGAUGAAGCUCUUAAAAUAACUGCAUUUUAUGAAGGUUGUGGCCAGAAAGUAGUAUUCAUUGCCGUUGCUGGGCGAAGCAAUGGUCUUGGACCUGUUCUUUCAGGAAACACAUCUUUCCCAGUUAUCAAUUGCCCACCUGUGAGAGCAGAUAAUGUCGCACAGGACAUUUGGUCUUCAUUAAAUAUACCAUCGGGCUUAGGGUGCACAACUGUGGUGUAUCCUGAAGCUGCUGCCUUGGCCGCAGCUCAGAUUCACGGUUUGUGUGACUAUGUUGUGUGGUCACGUCUUAGAGUGAAGAAGCUGCAGAACUUCAUCAAUCUGAAAGUUGCAGAUAAAAAGAUGAGAAAUCUCAAUGUGCAAUGAUAUGUAGCAUUUGGAAACGGUCUGCUCUCAGUUUAAAGGCAAUGCCGUGCAACUACUAAUUGGGACCAUUGAUUUGGGAACAUUUUAAUGGCAGUGAUUGUCAGUCUUCCAUUAGAUAUACUGUAAUUUGUAUUUCAAUAGAUACUUUUAUAAAAUCAUACAUAGCAAUGCUCCAGAAAGUAAAUGAGCUGUAUUAUUCAAUAGUCUUUGAAUAACUUGUUCCUUUGCAUACUGUUUUUAUGCUUCUGUGCACUUUAUUUCAAGUUUUAUGUGCCAUAUAAGAAAUUGCCAAUGAUGAUGGUAUAUUUUUAUAUUCCAGUAUGGCAAGUAAUUCGUAAAUUGUCUAUAUAAUUCGUUGACUGAUAGUUUAUAAAAAAAUUUUCACUAAUUUCAUUUAAUAAAAUAUAUUAAAAAGUAA